AUGUCAUCCUCCCCCGUGCCCCUCUUGAAACCGCCCGUUCCUGGCAAUCGCAACAAUGCCAACGGCCCGAGACCUCCCAAACUCACCUUGGGUAUCCCUCCGUCGCCCAACGCUCGCCCCGUCACCGGUAAUGGCGUUCCUGCACCCGCACCCGCCCCUGUCCCCGCCGCCGACGGUCCUCAGCGUCCCGCCAACCGCCCGGCGCCUCCUCAGCUGCGACUCGCGACCCCCAUGGGGAGCAGCCAACAGAUCUCCCAGGUCAAUGGUCGCCCCGCGCCCCCGCCCCUAGCGACCAAGGGCCUGAACGACGCCCAGAAUCACUCGCGAUCCGGCAGUUUCACCCUUGACAAAGGGAGUGGCCCGGCGUCGGCCUCGUCUUCCAACUACUCCGCUCUCUCCUUCGCGAUGAAUCUGCGACAGCCGCAUGGAGGGACCCCAGAUCCAUCGUCGGCGAUCAGCUCGGUGUACUCCGACCGGGAGGCGGGUGUCCCCAUGGAGCGGGAGAACAGCGUCAACGCGCUGAUCCCCGACUUGGAUAAGUUGAGUUUGGAGAAGGGCAGGCCCCUGGACGUGGAUGACCUCGACGACGAAGGCUGGCUCGCUGCCAGCGAACAGAAGAAGAUCGUGGAGUUGGGGAGUUUAGGGGAGGGCGCGGGCGGUGCCGUGACGCGGUGUAAACUCAAGGAGGGAACAACGGUUUUUGCGCUCAAGAUCAUCACGACCGACCCCAAUCCCGAUGUGAAGAAACAAAUCGUUCGCGAACUCAACUUUAACAAAGACUGUGCGUCGGAACACAUCUGUCGUUACUACGGAGCGUUCAUGGAUAAGUCGACCGGUACCAUUUCAAUUGCGAUGGAGUUCUGUGAGGGUGGUAGUUUGGACAGCAUCUAUAAAGAAGUCAAGAAGCUCGGGGGCCGAACAGGAGAAAAGGUCCUGGGCAAGGUCGCGGAAGGCGUCUUGAACGGCCUGACCUACCUCCACAGUAGAAAGAUCAUCCACCGAGACAUCAAACCAUCGAACAUUCUUUUAUGCCGCAACGGACAAGUCAAGCUUUGCGAUUUCGGAGUCAGUGGCGAGUUCGGCACCAAGGGUGAUGCCAACACCUUCAUCGGCACCUCAUACUAUAUGGCCCCUGAGCGUAUCACGGGACAAUCCUACACCAUCACGUCCGAUGUCUGGUCCCUUGGAGUGACCUUGCUGGAGGUCGCGCAGCAUCGAUUCCCCUUCCCCGCCGACGGAACUGAAAUGCAACCACGCGCCGGCCUGAUAGAUCUUCUCACUUACAUUGUUCGCCAACCGAUCCCCAAGCUCAAAGACGAGGUGGAGAACGGUAUUCGCUGGUCCGAUAAUUUCAAAUACUUUAUUGAAUGCUGCCUUGAAAAAGAACCUCCCCGAAGAGCAACUCCCUGGCGGAUGCUGGAACAUCCAUGGAUGCUGGACAUGAAAAACAAGAAAGUGAACAUGGCAAACUUCGUGAAGCAGGUGUGGGGCUGGGACGACUAA